CGAUUCAAAACCAUUCGCGGUUCGACGCUUGCGAGGCACGGUUGGUGCCUCCGCGUGUGCCGUCGGUCGGACUUUACUUUACACCAUCAACUUAAUCGAAAGAACAUCAUGAGGGUCCCAACGGCCCUCCUGCUCGUCUUGGCCGCUCUCACCGCCAAGGUUUCGGCAUCCGGGGACCUCUACUGGGAAGGAGAAGAUGACGCGGACAACGAAUUCCUGGAAUUGAACCGAGACACAGGAAUACAUGGUACCUUACGAAGACUGAAACGAGAUUUUAAUUGGAAUUGGUUUUCACCGUCAUCAAAUACUGAUCCUGUCGAAGAAAAUGUUACCGAAGACGACGAAGCGAUCGAAGACGAAGACAACAAUGACUUCGAUCCUACCGACAACGGCGGAUCGGGAGCACUAGAGACGGAACUAGAAACAGAACUAAAAGAAAAAACUCUCAGAGUGACCUUCGUAGUGAUGGAGCCGUAUCUAGAUGACUACUCGAACAGGGAUUCUCCACAGUUCCAGAACUUCUCCAAGUCACUCGCUGAGUCUGUCAAUUCAGUGUUCCAUGAACUUCCGGGAACCCACCGAGCAAGUUUAGUAAGAAUACAAUCGCGACCAGCAGAUCAAUUUACUUGUAAAGUGACAUUCGAUAUAAUCGUGACUGGGGAUGACACGGAUAAGAUAGCCGAGACAUUGCGAGAAUAUAUCAGGCUCAAAAGGCAGCUUGGCAAUGUAGCUGUGAAUGACGAAGAUUUCAGCGCUCGAGUCCUCACCACAGGAAUUGUCGACAGUGAAUCAGUAGUUCACACUGAAAAUAACGAAGCUGAACGAGGAGACUCGAACCCUGAUACGACGACUAUUCCAGAUAUUAUAAUUCCAGACAAUGAUGAUGAUAACUUUUUUGGAAGUUUCGGACCCGAAGAAAGUGAAACAACUGAAGAUAAUAGACCUGCCGAAAGUAGUAAUGAUUACGGAAGACCUACUGAAAGCCCUGAAGAAGAGAAACCUACUGAUACAUUGCCUUAUCCAAUAAUACCAGAUGACAGAAGAGAUGAUUAUGGAAAUACCAAUGAGGAAAGACCUGAUGAAAGAAGGCUUGAUUAUGAUGCACCAGUAGGAAGAAGACCCGAUGAAGGUUAUGAUGAGAUAUCUGGUUAUGCCACGGCCGAUCCUGUCAUUAGAAUACCAGAAGUGGAGUUGCCAAACACAGAAUCACCUGUUACAACGAAUAGCUAUAACACUUGUCCAGAUGAUGCCAUGAGCUGCGAUGACACGAGGUGCGUGCCACUUGUGCUGCGUUGCGACGGGCGUCGGGACUGUGAUGAUGGCGCUGAUGAGGUGAACUGUCCGGAUCAAUCCUGUGGCACAGACGACUUCCGCUGCGACGAUGGAAGAUGCAUCGAAAGCUCUCGUCGUUGUGACAGGCAAAUUGACUGUCCUGGUGGAGAAGACGAAAAAAAUUGCGUGUGCAGAUCUGAUGAAUUCCAGUGCCAAGACGAUGGCUCCUGCAUUGAAAAUAGAAAACGGUGCAACAAUUUGAACGAGUGCAGAGAUGGCUCCGAUGAACUUAACUGUGCAAAUGGAUACUAUAAAUGCAGAGCCGGAAAGUUGAUACCUAAAUAUCAAAGAUGCAAUCGCCGUUACGAUUGUGACCCAGGAGAUUAUUCUGAUGAGCAAAAUUGUCCAUGUGGUGACGGCGACUUCAAAUGUGACAAUGGUUACUGCAUUCCUGAAUCCAAAAAAUGUGAUAGAUCGCAUGACUGCCAAGAUGGUUCUGAUGAACGAGAUUGCACUUAUGAUACCACAGUUUGCGGACCUGACAGUUUCCGUUGUGACGCUGGGUCCAGGGUGACCUGCGCUACCAGAUGCGACGGCAAUCCUGAAUGUGAUUCCGGAGAGGACGAAAUCAACUGUUUUGAUGACUGCAACCAUGCGUGCGACGGCAUUUGUCUACGAGAUGAUCAAAUAUGCGAUGGAAAAGAAGAUUGUACAGAUGGCUCCGAUGAAAUUCAAUGCAACGAUUGUGAUGGGCCGGGUGACUUCAGGUGUCAAAAUGGCGAUUGUAUACCUGUUGCCCAGCACUGUAACGGACUUGCAGAAUGUGACGACGGUAGCGAUGAGGCCAACUGUAAUUCCACAAUGAUUCCAAAGCCUUAUGGCUGUUUGGACAACCAAUUCCAAUGCCGCGACGGAUCUUGUAUUAACAACCAGUUCUUCUGUGACGGUCAUACAGACUGUAAUGACAACUCUGAUGAAGAAAACUGCCCAUGCCGCGACAACGAAUGGCAAUGUGUUUCCGGUCAAUGUAUACCCAGCAACGGAUACUGCGAUGGGACAGUGGACUGCACCGACUCAUCUGAUGAACAGGAUUGCCUCACUACCUUCAGGCCCUUCACUACCGCAUACCCAUCCUAUGUGUACCCCCCCACGACCCAGAGACCGGUAUUCACAACUAUCUCCAACGUCUACCAAUCAGUAGGAUGUGGGAAAAAUGAAUGGCGUUGUGAAAACGGACCUUGCAUCAAUGUCAGUCAGAGAUGUGACGGAAACAUCGAUUGCCCUCAAGACGGAAGCGACGAAUUUGAUUGUCCAGCAGGCAGUCCUGAGGCUUUGGUAAUUAAGGUUCAUCCUGAAGAUCAAAAAGUGAGAUACGGAGGUGAUGUGGUAUUCAUGUGCCGUGACGAGGGACCACUCCGAACGCCCGUACGAUGGGUUCGAGAACAUGGCAGACCUAUCAAAGCUAACCACACAGACGUGAAAGGACGACUGGAAAUGACUAGAGUAUUGCCAUCGGACAGUGGCGUCUAUAUUUGCCAAGCGCCAAAGUAUCUCGGCAAUCCCAGAGCUGAGGUGCAAGUUGUAUUGAAUGUGGAUAACUCCCCCGUCACGUAUAGACCUCCGUACAACCCGUGCCCAUCGCAUCAAGCCACCUGUGGAAAUGGACAGUGUAUCUCGAGAUCAGCUAUAUGUGAUGGAAACAUUGACUGCGCUGAUGGUUCUGAUGAAGAGUCUUGUCAUAACAAUGGAGUGUGUGAGCCGAAUCAAUUCCAAUGCGCGAAUCGCAAGUGUGUUCUGAAGACUUGGAUUUGCGAUGACGAAGAUGAUUGCGGGGACAGAUCCGAUGAACAGAACUGUGGCCCUAUGAUACCUGGUCAACAAUGCCGGCCAGUAGAAUUUGCCUGCGCGACCAACGACCAAUGUAUACCCAAAAACUUCCACUGCGAUGGACAGAGUGACUGCUUUGACAAGUCAGAUGAAAUUGGAUGUGCUCCAGUAUACAUAACGAGGCCACCAGUACCAUCGAACCUAAAAUUAAACCCGGGUGAUACUUUAACGUUGAGAUGUGAAGCUGUGGGUGUCCCAACGCCUCUCAUAUCAUGGCGUCUAAACUGGGGAAAUGUACCUGAAAAAUGUACUUCCACAAGCUCCAAUGGCAACGGAGUACUGACUUGCCCUGACAUGCAAUCGGAAGAUAGCGGUGCAUAUUCCUGCGAAGCAAUAAACAACAGGGCAACUAUUUUCGCAGCGCCCGAUGCUAUAGUCUACGUCAACAGAACCGCAGACGUAUGUCCUUCUGGUUACUUCAACAGUGAGGCCCGAUCAGAAAGCGAGUGCAUCCGUUGCUUCUGCUUUGGAAAGUCUACACGGUGUCAGAGUGCCGAUCUCUUCAUAUUCACCAUGCCCACACUUCUCGGAGAAGGUGGCACUAGGCUCGUCGGCAUUAGUAUGGGAUACAAUGGCGACAUUCAGAAGGAUGAAACCAUCAAUAAUCAGUAUUACUAUCAGCCACUGAGGAAUGGUGCUACGGUAACUAAACUUGAGUACGGUUCUCCUUGGGCAAGGAAUUCGGAGACUCAUCCUUACCUUACUCUACCUGAAUCCUACAAUGGUAACCAAUUGACAUCAUACGGUGGAAGCAUUAAGUAUCGCUUAUCGCCUCACACCUACCAAUCAUAUGGCGAAGCAGAAAACGUCCCAGAUAUUAUAAUUUUGGGUAAAUACCAAAACUUGGUACACUACAGUCGUGCUCGCGGUAGGGAAAUCUAUAUGGAAGCUCGUCUGACACCCAAUAACUGGCAAAAACCAACCUCAUCUGGACUAAUACCAGCCUCCAGAGAAGACAUUAUGAUGGCUUUAGAUGACGUUGAAAUGAUUCUUUUGCGAGCGGACCUAAACAACGCUGGCGCUAACAUUACUGAUUUUACCAUGGAAUCAGCGCAACUAUUGAAUGUAGGACUCGGUGCUGCUAGUCUUGUGGAAGAAUGCGAAUGUCCUAAGGGAUACAAGGGAAGAUCAUGCGAGAAAUGUGCUGACGGUUAUGAGCUCCAGAACUCCGGUCCAUGGAACGGUGUUUGCGUGCCAAAGGCACCGUGUCCACCAAUGACGUACGGUGACCCAAGAAGCGGUGGCGACUGUCGUCCAUGCCCGUGUCCACUUACCAACCGUGGAAACCAAUUCGCUAGCGGUUGCUCCAUCGGCCCCAGCGGAAACGUUGUCUGCGAUUGCUUGCCCGGGUACGAAGGAUCCGAUUGCAGUUACUGUGCAGCCAACUAUUUCGGUAAUCCCCUAAUUCCUGGUGAUUCCUGCAAACCGAAACCGCAAGAUAGCUGUGAUCCAGUAGGAACUGCACAAGUCCGUCUCCCAGACGAAUGUGUUUGUAAAGAUAAUGUUCAAGGGCGAAACUGUAACCAGUGCAAGGAGGGCUCAUUCUUCUUAUCGAACGAUUUCAAGCUUGGAUGCGCUAUGUGCUUCUGCUCAGGAAUACCGCCUCAGAAGUGUGUGAGCAGCACGUUGCGUAGGAGGACGACCACUGUUCGCUUCAACGUACCUACAGUAGUAGAUCAGCUCACAGUGUACAGUAGUGCGUCUAUUGGACCCGCUGGUGCCGUACGGUACAUCACACCUGUAGACACUGGCUUACGACCUGGUCUUGUCAGAGGCGAAGUCAACAUAAACACUAUCACGCGAUCAGAGCCAUCCAUCUUCUACUGGGGUCUUCAAGACAGUUUUGCUGGAGACAAAGUAACAUCUUACGGAGGAUUCCUUACUUACCAAUUGCGCAAUGUUCAACCAAACCCAAGUUUAAGAAACACAGCUGCAGAUGUUCAACUUGUUAGCGACAAUAGCUUAACAUUCCUUUACUUCGGCGAAGCUAUGCCAACGAGUGAUGGUUACUUGAACGCCAGCGUACAAUUUAUCGAAAGUUCGGGCUGGCAAAGAUCAGACGGCAAACCAGUAACUCGAGAACACUUCCUUCUUGCAUUGGCUGAUGUGAAGACCAUUCUGAUAAAGGCUACUUACUCCAGUGAAACGGACAUAGCCUCUAUAGAUAGCGCUAGCAUUGACACCGCAGAUGAACGUGGCGACGGUCCCAUGGCCCAACACGUAGAACAGUGCUCCUGUCCCGAAGGUUAUAUUGGUACCUCAUGUGAAGACUGUGCGCCUGGAUACACAAGGAGCUUAAGCGGACUAUACUUAAGACACUGCGUUCCUUGCAAUUGUAAUGGACAUUCGAAUAAAUGCCACCCAGAAACCGGAGAAUGCAGUGACUGCAAGGACAACACCGAUGGAAAGCAGUGCGAGUAUUGUCGAGCUGGAUAUGAGCGGGAUCAAGCAAAUUAUUGCGUUCCUUCUAUCCAAACAUCACGCCCACCAAUUUGCAACUGUGAUCCACGCGGUGAAGAAAUACCUUGCGACGCUUCGGGAUACUGUUUCUGUAAACAAAAUGUGGAAGGUGAAGCCUGCGAUCGUUGCCGACCUGGGACAUUUGGCCUCGACAUUAACAACCCUCUAGGCUGCUCAGCGUGCUACUGCUCUGGAGUUACAUCUGAUUGUCACGAAGCUACCCACUAUUCUAGAAUAACCUUACCAGCGCCCAUUUUCGGUGACAACUACGGUGGUUAUACUUUAAUGGAUAUAAAUGCUGAUCGAGUUAUCAAUGACCAAUUCAUACCCGCAGUCAAUGAAAGUGAACUUAUGUAUGUUUUCACUGACCAACCUCUUGCUGAUCUAUAUUGGUCGUUGCCCGUCUUCCCAGGUAACCGAGUUCUAUCCUACGGUGGUACACUAUCUGUAACUCAAAAGUUCCAAUCCAAUUAUGAAGAUCUGUCAGUCCCCAGUACAGACGUCGUAUUGAUUGGAGAGAGUCAGUCCAUUUUCUGGACAAAUCCGACACCUAUCAAAUCGGGCGAAGCAUUGAGUUACCAAGUUCCUUUACGAGAAAAUUAUUGGUAUAAUCUAAAUUCAUUCGAUCACACGUCACGGGAAGUUUUCAUGUCGGUACUUAAGAACUUGAAGAGGGUGCUGGUGAGAGCUACUCUUAUACAACAGAACAUAUUAACCACUUCGAUCGCAGACGUAUCUAUGGAGUCUGCCGCUGUUAGUUACGAUCCUUCUUCACGAGCUGCCAAAGAUAUCGAGGAGUGCAUAUGUCCUGCUGGCUAUACUGGAACUAGUUGCGAAAGCUGCGCGGUUGGAUACUACAAAGACAGGAGCGGAGGAUGCAGACAAUGUAACUGUAACGGUCACGACUGUCAGUUGGGUAACAGCGAAGAAGUCAUCUGUAACUGCAAACCACCGUUCGUGGGACCUGACUGUUCUACUGUUGGUGGUGACACUCAAAUCGACAUUACUACAAGACCUCCACCAACGAAAAGCACGGUUGUAGUAAGGAUCACUAGUCCAACUAUCAAGAUUCAAGAAGUGGGUAGUACAGUGAACUUUACUUGCCAGGCAAGUAGCAGGAUGGUCCGUGUGCCUUUACAAGUUGACUGGUACAAGGCCGGUGGAUACUUACCUCAGGAUAGAACACAGAUAGAUCGUUCAACUGGACUACUGCUUAUCACCAAUCUCCAAGUAUCUGACAGUGGAAAAUACAUCUGCCAAACCAGCGACGGAAUAUCUACAGAACAAGCGAUAGCAACUCUAAAAGUGCCAAGAAACGACAUGACACCACCAGAAGUAUCGAUAAGUCCUGCGAUGAAAGAAUAUUUUGAGGGAAGUAGAAUCGAGCUGACAUGUACGACCACUGGCAAUCCAGCGCCGACAAUCACUUGGCAGAGAGCCUCUAAUAGAGCUCUGCCUCCCUCCAGCGAAACUUACGAUGCCCUGCUUAUCAUUGACAACGCCAGGGUUGACGACUCCGGAGAAUACAGAUGCAUUGCCACUAAUCCUGCUGGUACAAAAUCCGCUCCCGCCAUUAUAACUGUUCGCCCAAGAGAGCCUGCGCAACGCCAAAAUCUAACAGUUUCGUCCAGAGAGCGAACGGUAAACGAAGGACAAAGUACACGAGUUGUUUGCACUGGAACCGCUAACGUGCCAGCUGGCACUAUUGAUUGGAUCAGACAAGACGGCUCCCAGUUCGAAUCGAAUGUUAGAGCUGACAACGGCGUAUUGAGCAUCGAUGUCGCUCGUCUCGAAAACCAAGGCGUCUAUAUAUGUCAGACUGCAUCUUCUGACGUCAACCCUGUACUUGUGGUGCUGACGGUUAUACCCACUGGCACGGUGCCGCCGAAUGAAAUGUCCAACAUAUCACUGUCUGUAAACAGUUUGACUAUACCAACCGGUGGCAUGGGACAAAUCGAAUGCAUUCCUAGAGGAGACCCACUGCCGCUUAUUAGAUGGUCGAAGCAUCAAGACACCUUUGGACCGGGAACAAGUCAAAGAGUAAAUACUUUGAUCAUAACGAAUGCCCAAGAAAGUGACCGUGGUUACUAUCUUUGCGAAGGAAAUGUGGAUGGCAGACCUGUCGUUAGCAAUUAUGCCUAUGUUGAUAUUGAAAAACGAGAAAAGGCUCAAGUUGAGAUCUACCCGCAAUACGAAAAUUCUGCGACACUUGGAAGUGAAUUCCAACUUUACUGCUACGUUACUGGUGGCAGUCCACCUCCGGUAGUGACUUGGGACAGAAAAGGAGGAAGGGCACUGUCACGAUCAGUGCAGAUCCAGCCAAAUAACGUGUUGAGUUUCCACAACGUGGAAGUAAAUGAUGAGGGUGAAUACACAUGCACAGCUACAAACGAGGCUGGGUCUGUUAGUGCAAGCGCAAUCCUCAAAGUGAGAUCGGAUCCAACUAUAAGAAUCCUGCCUGACAAUUACGUUAAAGGCUAUAGAGGCGAUAACGUCAACGUUGAAUGCCGUGCUGAUGGAUAUCCUGAACCCCAAGUGUCAAUUAAAUCGAGUUCUGACCUGCGAGUGUUAGUGCCACCAUCUCCAAGAAUAGCCAUUUUAUCGAUACCAAGUUUGAGUGACAGCGACGAUGGAUUGUAUCUCUGUAUUGCUUCAUCUGCUGCUGGCACUGUGGAGGAACAAUUCGCUAUUCAUGUUGAAAGAGGAGAUACGAGUGAAGAACACACUUCUGAUGACGGAAAUACCCCAAGCAUUUUAAGAGCUAUUGAGUUAAAAGAAGCGCGAAUUAGUUGCAAUGCUUCCGAUGAUUUUUACGUUAUCUGGGGCCGUGCUGACCGAAAACAGUUGCAGUACAAUGCAAGACAAAUUGGAAACGAACUAGUUUUCUAUAAUACAUCAAAGAGCGAUUCUGGUAAAUAUGAAUGUACUCUAAUCAAUCGCCGUUCAAAUGAAGUCCAACAAUCCGCUUACACCAGUCUACAAGUCAUAGCUCCGCCGAGAAUCACACUAAGACCACCAACACAAACCGUGCACCCUGGACAGUCGCCUACUGUGGAGUGUGUAGUCGAAGGAGAUGAUAUAACUGAUGUUUCCUGGAGACCAGUCAACGCCGUAACUUCCAGUCGAGUCGACUACCGAGGACGUACGUUGAUAUUCCGUCAAAUCGAAAUCGAAGAUGCCGGUGAAUAUGAGUGCAUUGCCACCAACAGUAUAGCAAAUGCAAGUGGGACUGCAGAAGUCAUCGUUAGCGAAGAUACCGAUCGAGCAACGUCGGAGUCGUACGAUAACGAGCAGUUCGCGCACCUCGGAUCCGCCGUGCAUCUGAGCUGCAAUGUGUCGCAGCCCCACGUGCGCAUUCGGUGGACCAAGGACGACAGGCCUGUGCCGAGGACCGUCAGCCAGAAGAAAGACGGCUCCCUUUUCAUUCGGCUCGCCCAGAAAUCCGACAGCGGUCGCUAUGUCUGUCUCAUUAGAGAUCCUUACGGAAGGCAGACCACCAAUUACAUCAAUCUUCACAUCGAGGGACCCCGCGACCACUCUGAAGCCUUAGUUGCAAUCGACCAACCAAGAAGAACAUAUAGAGUUGGAGAAAGAGUAGAAGUACUUUGCAGAGGAAAUUCUAGAGACGUAGCAGUGAAAUGGGAACGAUUUGGUACGAACCAAUACGUCGAAUCCAGAACUUAUGGUGAUGGAGCACUUCUACAUAUACCUGAAGUUCAAGAGCUCGACGCAGGCGUGUAUAGAUGCACAGGCGUAGACCGAUACGGACUAGCAACAUACGAUGACUUUAACCUUGAAGUUUCCCCAGGUGAACCUAAACCAGUGUAUCCGACGAAUGAAAGGGACACAACAUUUACAGUACGUCUAGGAGAUAUAGUUGACUUGCCUUGUACACAUAAUUUGGAAGAACCAGUAUCAUACGAAUGGAAACGAGAAUACUCUCAACUUCCAUCUGACAUUCGGCAAAACGACCGCAUCCUACACUUGAACGGCGUGACGGAAGCAGACGCAGGCACCUACGUAUGCCGAGUCACAAACAACCGCGCCCGAGUGGACACGCGAGCGACGUUACGAAUUGUCGGACUCGUUCCUAAGUUCAAUGGUGACGGAUGGGUCGCUUUACCGACACUGAAGGACGCAUAUCUGCAUUUCGACAUUGAAAUAUCAUUCAAACCCUCUGAUCCAAAUGGUGUAAUCUUGUACAACGCUCAAAACAAUAAUGGCACAGGCGACUAUAUGAUCCUCCAACUCAUCGAUGGUGUCCCAGAUUUGACUGUCAAGUUCGAUUCAGUUAAGCCUCUGAUAGUGAAUGGCGAUAGACCGUUACAACUUAACGUAUGGCAUACAAUUCGUUUAAGCAGAAGCGGUUCUAAAGUUACCAUGGAUGUGGACAACACAGGACCAUUCGUGGCCGAAUUCAAUCAAUAUGCUGUUUUGGACUUGAAUGCCCCACUGUACAUCGGCGGCGUACCAGACGUCCGUCCGCCUGAACUUGCAACGUCUGCAGGUUUCAUCGGCUGCGUCAGUAUGUUGAUAUUGGGCAAGGAAGAAAAGGUCAUCAUGGAUACCAAAAAUCAGGCGUAUAAUGUACACGACUGCGAUUCCUGCAACCCCAACCAAUGUCUCAACGGUGGUGUUUGUCAGGAAGCACGCAACGAACGUGGAUACACAUGCAUAUGUCCAACUGGCUUUGCGGGACAGAACUGUGAUCGUACCGGCGAGGCUUGCCGCCCAGGACUCUGCGGCCCCGGGAAAUGUUCCGACACGCUUGAUGGUUACAAAUGUGCUUGCCCUGUCACAUUCACAGGCAAAAACUGCAAUGUGAAACAGAACAUAGAUUACCCAGCUUUCACGGGUAGCGCAUACCUGGCGAUCAAGGCACCUAAAACGUCCCGGUUCCUGCGAAUGUCGAUGAAGAUCAAAGCAAAGGCGCCCAUCACUGACGGUAUCAUAAUGUACUGCGCUCAAUCUCCGCGUGGUUACGGAGGUUUCACUUCGUUGACUGUGCGCGAUGGUCGCUUGGAGUUCCGCUAUGACGUCGGAGAUGGAAACACUCCGAUAAUAUUGACCAGCAACAGAACCUUACAGCCGAAUGAAUGGACCGACGUGCACAUCGCAAGGGUUGGCACCGCAGUUUCCUUGAAGAUUGACAUGAUUCAUAAUUACAAUGCCGCUUUGGCUUCCGCGAAGGAUCUUCACUUAGAGACUCCAAUGUUCGUAGGAGGAGUAGAUGACUCAAUUAUUCUCAACAACAAUACAGGUGUUACCGGAGGUUUCAGCGGUUGUAUCAAGGACGUAACUCUCCAAAGCGACCAGUUGGACCUUAUCAACGAAUCAAUUCAAUCGGCAAACAUACAGGAGUGCGUCAACGUUCUUCGUGGUGAUAUACCAGAGAUGGAGAGCCUUUGUUCCCAAUGCCGCAACGGUGGAUACUGCCAGAACGUCGAUUCAACAUCUUGCACAUGCGAGCCAGGGUUCAGCGGUGUGUACUGCGAGAGACGGACCGCUGUGAACCCUUGGUCUGGUGACCCCUGUGCUGCAAGGCCAUGUCAAAAUGGUGGAACAUGCAGACCUGAUCGCUAUGCUACCCAGAGAUACAGUUGCGACUGCCCGCUUGGAUACAGUGGGAACAACUGUGUGACAUCAUUUGAUCUGCUACAAAGCGUCUCGUUUGACGGCAACGGCUACCUGGCUCUACCACCAGACUACCUGCGGUAUGACAGGCUGAGCAUAGAAAACGUACUGAUAGCACUGGCGUUCAAUACCAAAGACGACGGUGUCCUCUUGUUCCAGAACGAAGAGAAGUUAACGUACGGUGGUGACUUCAUACUGUUGCAAGUGAACAACAGCGAAGUGGUGUUUGACUGGGAUUUGGGUGGCGGAAGGAAUAGUCUUUCUGUGCCCGUAUACGUCACCGAUGAAGAACGUCACCAAAUAAUCCUGAAGCUAUACGAAAAUGGCAUAGUUGAGCUGUCAGUAGACAAAGAUACUGUAACUGCAUCAAGUACCGGAAUCUCGAAUGUCAUGAAUGCGGACUCGAAGAUCUAUCUAGGUGGCAUCCCAGAACACCUAAACACUGAGUACAACUACCCAGGCUUUAGAGGUUGUAUACAACAAGUUGAAUUCGAUGACGGACGCAGCAUCAACCUCGGAGACGCUGCUGUUGAAGGAAAAAACACAGAGCGGUGCAAAAAGUCACCGGGGAACGAGAUAUCCUACAUAAAUUAAGAUGACAACCAGCUUAGUCCCGUCGAAUACGAUGUCCUUUUUACUAAGGAAUAUACUGUAAUCUCUCUACGUUAAUUUAAAGUUCCAAGCAAAAUGUCAAUUGAUAAAUAUUAUAUACUUAUAUAUAUAUAAGUAGUUAUUGCAUUUAUUUGAUAUUCCGUCUCAUUUGUUCGUUUAGUUCUACGAGAAUUACACGGUUUCUAAACAACUUUGGGAGAAAAUAUGAUGUACCGUCAUAAUUAGUAUUAAGGUAAAAUCACCAUUCAGGACAAUACUUCUAGCUUAGACAAAUGAAAUAACUGGAAAUGAUUGGGACAAGAAACUUCAUUGAAACAAGUUUGUGAUAAUAAUAGUUAUGUCUCAAGUAUACCAGAUGAAACUCUUCUCUUUGGAGAGAUAUAUUAUAUUAUUAUGGUGCCAUAAAGUUUGAAUGUAAUGUAAUUGUUGUAGUUAGGAAUCUAUUUACCAUGAUUUUAUUUUCUCCGCUUAUUAAGCUUUUGUAACAAUCGAGAUAUUACAGAUAUAAUAUGUUAUUAUCUAACUUAUUGCGUAUGUUAUGCUAACUUUAAAUCAUUUACGAACCACUUGUGAAGUGACCGUUUAGCGAUCUUCUGUGAAAUCAUGUGCCAAAUCUGGUUUGACCUUAAUUUAAUUUCUGCCACUGCCGUUAUAUUUGCUUUUUAUACUUAUUCAUAAGAUAUGUAGCGCUCACCGUUAAUAAAGCUACGGAUAUUCUAUUUCUAAGUAUUUAGAUAUUAUAAUUUUUUUAUUUCUCAUCAUUAUACCUAAUAUGUUAUUUUAGCCAAAUCAACUGCGGUCGCAUUUUUUAAAAUAAUUUUAAAAUCGCGAGUGAUUUAUCUAUUUUACAGAUUUUUUUAUCUGCCUAAAACAACAAUAAUAAAUUUUGUGUUUGUUUUAUUUAGCUAAGUCAAUCACAAUUGGUAUGCGACAUAUGUGACCAUUGUAAAAGUACUGAUAAUAUUCUUCAAACAAUAUAAUAAAUAUAAAUAAUUAAUAAGAAAGGAGAGGUAUAAUAAAUUUAAUGUCAAGAAAUUUACCAGUACUUUCAACUAUAUGUAUGUUAUAAUUUAAUUUUACCUGCGUACUGCAGCUAAGUAAGCAAAUGCUAAAAUAACAAUAAAAUGAAAUUUAUCAACAA